AUGGACAUGGAUCCGCCCGUCAACAGCGCCAACAGCGCCAACGUAGACAUGGAAUAUGAGACAGAUAAUAUCUCCAUCACCUCCACCGUAUCUAGCACAAAGGAGAGCAAGUACGACGCAGUACAAGUCUUAUCGGAACGACCCUCGCCAGACGAUGAUUGUGAUAAAAUGUAUUUGAUCGAAUGGGAGAACUAUCCUAUGCACAGUCAGAACACACAGGUGCUCCCUCACGGGCGGACCCGGAUAUUGCAGAAUCCAUCUGACUACGGCACGUGGGAGCCCGAAUACCACCUGGACGAAACCAAUCUGCUCGAGCUAUGGGAGCUUGAAAAGCAACGCCUUGGUGAAGCUGGUGCUCAAAAACUUAUGGAAGAGAAUGAGUCAAAGUACUACGCUGCCGUAGCGCAGGCGAAAGAGGCCCAUGAGCACAGACAAGCCAAGCGCCUCAAAAAGCGCAGACAGCUAUGGAGACGCGCGAGAUAUAUCGUCACAGACAGUGAGAGCGAGAGCGAGGGCGAAGCAAUCGAGCAUGUAAAAGUACAGAAAAGGUCCAGACAAGAGCAAGAAGGGAAUCCCAACACUGUGCUACGAGCCCGAGACACCAUGCAACACAACCGCCUGCUCAUGGAUCCUCGACAACCACUGUCUCUGGGCCCAGAUGACCUGCCAGAAACACCAGAGAGUAGUCUGUUCGUCGGGCAGGACCCACCGGCUCGUAGAGCACCAUUACAACAGUCGGAUUCAUCCUCCUCAUCUCAAGAGGAAGGGGAAGAGGAAGACACGCAAAGCUCAGACGACUUAGUCAUGGGCAAGAUGCGGUCCAGGAAGAAAAUGGGAAGAUCCAAAAUGAGGACAACAGAAGAUAAGAUGGAUUCAGGCAGACCAGCGUGGGAAUCACAGCUUCCAUCUGCCAGAGCUGUCCAGUCAGCCACAAUCCAAGUGCGCAGGGAUGUGUCAGCCAGACAAACCUCAAGGAUCACAUCAAAGGAAUCAUCUUCCAAGGUCAAUGAAGGUCUGCGGAGAACAUCACAGUCUUCGUCCGCUCCAGUACCCAGCUCAACCAGUCCAAUAACGCCAAGGCAUCAAACGAAACCGAAUAGUCUCAAGUCUAUGAAAAGAACGGAGCCUCCAAAGACUGCCCGUGGUAUCAAGUUAGUAAAUGAACCCAGGACGCAGUCCACCCCAUGGAGAAAUGGUGACAAAGCAUUCUCUACGUUGAAAUUUCGGAGAAAUGCAGCAAAGAAAGGCCAAGCAGAGGGCACUCCAGAACUUGGAGCCCUGAGAUUUGUGGGUCAAGUUCCACCUGGCAUGAAUAGAUCGACGCGCCCAAUCUCUAAUGAUGAUAUCUAUGGGCGUCGAGAAACUGGCACGCGUCGUCUCCAGGAGUUAGACGUAGAUGAUACACCGAGACGCACCUCUGUGCAUCAAGCUGAACCUUUGAACGACUGGGAAGCUGACAAGAUCCCUUUGGUGUGUCCUGAGUGGAGAUUGAGCAACAAUUGCAAGUUUGGUCCUCGCAGAUGCCGCUUCAUGCACCGCAAUCAGGAUGCAUUUGGGCAGGAUUUGCCCUUGGCUCCGCCGGAUGGGCAUGUACCUCCCAAAUAUCACAAACCACCAAUUACUUGUAGGUAUUGGCUACUUGAUCCCAAUGGAUGCAUGAAAUCAGAUGCAGAGUGUCCUUAUGCUCAUAAGAAUACGGGGCAUGUUUUGUCUGAAACACGCCUUUCGACUGAAGUCAUCGAUCCUGAAAGGAAACCUGUCAGCGAGCAGCAGACUAUAAACAGAGCCAGUCGCAAAUUGGUGACAUGUCCGUACUGGUUAAAACAGCCGGCAGGUUGUACCAAGACGGACGAUGAGUGUAUCUUUGCCCAUAGGAACAUGGGUGUUGUCACUGAUGGCAGGGGUCAUAACUUUCCGAUAGACAUAGCGAUGGAACCAGCCUUCAAAAGUAGGGCGCAUCCCUCCCAGCAAGGAAGAGUAAAGCCAUCGUUGUCAUCGUCCGAGUUUACCUGCUUCUACUGGACUAAGAACAAAUGCCACUUUACACCAGAGACGUGUAAACAUCAGCAUAGGCACACAGGCAAAAUUGCACCGCUACGACGUGAAUCGAACACAUCCUCGGCCCACUAUGAGUACCAGCACGAAAACACAGGAUAUCAAUCUGAUACGCAGGCGGAAACCUUGGGUCCUGCUGCGUCAAGAUCCCGCUGGAACAUCCCUCCGCCACCAUCAACAUCACCUCCACUUCCACCUCCACCUCCAGCACCUCAUCCUCCCGUUCCGGUUGUUCAACAAGUCAAGCAGGCUGAUACAUUAUGCCUCGGAUUGAAAGCUAGUAUAGAGCAAUAUUGCAAGCUCGACUUUCUCGACAUGUUUACUAAGAAUGAUGGGAGCGCGCUUCUGGACCGGACAGCAUUCCUACUGUAUCAUCCAGAGCAACAUUUGGAGGAACUUGAGCUAAUCACUCGUUGGCUGUUGAUGCACCAUGUAGAAGUUUCAAACGUUUGGUACGACGGAUCAUGGGAUCGCUUCAAGUCGCAGAUAGUCAGAGGAGGGACAGGUAUUAUUGUUACUCACCCUGAAUUCCAGCAUUUUACAGAGCUACCCGGUUUCGGUCUAGUUCUCCAGAAAGAGAUACGUAUAUGGUCUGUUGGUAUACAGGACGGCAUCGAAUGCGAUCCCAAUCUUGAGGCAUCUCCAGCUGUAAUGCGAUAUGAUCGCAUCGAGAUUUUCCCACUUGGUGGCUUUAUUUACAUCACUGACGAAGUUUUUGAAGAGAAGCCUCAACUGGCCCUGAAAAUUGUGCAGCAAUUCUUGGAGAAGAUUGCUCAGCUUCGACAGUUAGAAGGACCUAUUGCCCCAUGGCAUACUGUAAAUGAUGCUUGCUUGCUUUGGCGUCUUUGCACACGCCCAGAGUUGACGGAGCAUAUAUUUCAGAGAUGUGAGGCGCAGGCUGCGGAGGUCGAUGCCGGAGAUCCUUGUGCGACAAGCCGCGCCGAACUCUACACGAUACUUGCUGAGCACAAUCUCGUUGACGAUUCCUCUGAACCUUUGAGCCUGAUUCCCGAUAAGUUUCCCAUCAUCUCAGAGCGUCGUGCCAUUUCCGAGGAUCCACACAUUGAUUACUUCAAUGCGCUGGCACGCAGUCAGCAAGAAGCAAACUUGUGCAUGAUUCGCUACUAUUCCUUGAUCCAGGCUGAUAUGCGACGCGAUUAUCGCCACUUCUUUGUCGUCCAUACGGACCCAACUGCUUCCUAUGUUCAGGAUUGGAAGCACGAGAUUCAGACUAUUGUUGCGGUUGUCACACCUGAGAAGUGUCUUGAGGAACUCCAAAAGGAUGGGAGUAAGAGUCUGUUCGACUUUUGCGAGCGCUAUAUGCCUGGUUUGCAAGCAAAAGAUGAGCAGAAAUAG